UAAUGUUUCCACCCCCGUGCUUUACAGCAGGUUUGUUGUUUUUGGAAUGCAACUCGACAUUCUUUCUCCUCCAAACAUAACGAGUAGUUUUUACCAAAAUGUUCUAUUUUGGUUUCAUCUGACCACAUGACAGCCCUCUUAUGGAUCAUCCAAAUGCUCUCUAGCAAACUUCAGACGGGCCUGCACAUGUACUGGCUUAAGCGGGGGGAUACGUCUGACACUGGAAACCUUUGUAACGUCACACAAAGCUGUUUACCUACCCAUCACCAGUCUCUCCAGCCUUGAGCAAGUCUACAAUUUUGUUUAUAGUGUCCUUUGGCAGCUCUUUGGUCUGGGCCAUGGUGGAGUGUGGAGUGUGACUCUGAGGUCGUGGACAGGUGUCUUGUAUACAGAUAACGAGCUCCAACAGGUGUCAUUAAUACAAGUAAUGAGUGGAGGUCAGAGGAGCCUCUCACAGAAGAAGUUACAGAGAACAUCAAAACAAACCUCACAGACAAGGACAUGAGAAACACGUCGGGUCUGCAGGUGGCCAGCAACAGGCAGAUGUUCAAGACGAGGCAUCUUUGAACAGAGCAGCAUGGAGAAGAAGGUAGUUCUGAUCACGGGCUGCUCCUCUGGAAUCGGUCUCAGUUUGGCUGUCCGGCUAGCCUCUGAGCCCAGCAAAACGUUCAAAGUCUAUGCCACCAUGAGGAACCUGGCGAAGAAGGAGCGACUUUUGGAAUGUGUUAAAGAUCUGCACCAGGGCACCUUGGAAAUACUGCAAAUGGAUGUGACGGACAGGCAGUCAAUCAUGCAGGCCAAAGACAUGAUUGUGGAGAAGAGAGUGGACAUUCUGGUGUGUAAUGCCGGUGUGGGUCUGGUGGGGCCGCUGGAGGUGCAGCAUCUGGACUCCAUGAGGCAUAUUCUGGAGGUCAACCUCCUUGGGACCAUCCAGACCAUUCAGGCUUUCUUAUCAGAGAUGAAGGCUCGACGUCAGGGUCACAUUCUGGUCACCGGCAGCACCGGAGGGCUUCACGGUCUCCCUUUUAAUGACAUGUACUGCGCCAGUAAAUUUGCAAUCGAGGGAGCGUGUGAGAGUCUGGCUGUCCUUCUGCAACACUUUAAUAUUCAUGUGAGUCUCAUUGAGUGUGGUCCAGUCAACACCGACUUCCUGGUUAACCUGCAGAAGGCGGAGCUUGGUGACCCAUCUCUCCAACAGGUCGACACCCAAACACUCAGUCUGUAUGAAAAGUACCUGCAACACUGCAGCUCCGUUUUCCAAAAUGCUGCUCAGGACACCGAAGAUAUUGUGAAGGUGUUUCUAACGGCCAUCCAGUCGAGCAGCCCCGCCCUCAGAUACUUCACCGGCAGCGUCGUGCCUCCGCUGACCGACCCGAAGCUGACACAACCGGAUGGAUUGCAGUACAUCCGAGCCAUGAGCAAGAUCAUUUUCUCAUCUGAAGAGCAAUAAUUUAUGACAUGCAUUUGUGUUGACAGAGCGUUCUGCAGACGCCACGUUUGUGUGUGAAGCUCAAGUUUGGCUCUUGGAUAAACGAUUAGAUUUUUGUGAGUGGGGUUCACAAAGAUAAAGCAAUUUUAUAUUAUGUUUUUAUGCAUUAGUUAUCACAGGGGAGGCAUUUCUAAAGGGUUUUGUUUAAUGUUUUGAUUCAUGCUCCUUUCAUUUACUGGAAUUUUCUUCUUUUUACAUGGACGCUGGAAUUUCUAUUUGCUAUUAUAGGCAUUAGGGAAUCGCUACUUUUUUUAAAAACGCAUACAAAUUGCACCUAUUUGAUUUCACUGCAACUAAUGUAAAUUAGAUCAAAUGUUUGAAUAAAUUACUGGUGUUUUUGUUAAAAUACAAACCUAGAACUGCUUAA